AAACCAUUAUUCACUCUUAAGUGCUUUCUACAGUAUUCACCAUGUUCAGUAAAGCAGCAGUCAUUGUUCUGGUUGUCCAGUGCGUUGUCGUCUUUUCGGCACCACAAGGAAACCCUGAUAAAGUCGUCACCACCGUGGUCAAUGGAAACCAAAAGAUGCAAGAUUUGUUAGAUUCUUUAUCUGGUCCAGUGCCAACGACUACCUCUACAGGAGGCAACGUAAUUAAGAAGACCACUACAACAACUACGACUACUACAACCAAAAAAGGUGCUCCAGUAGUUUCCGAAGCUGAACAACUCCGUGUGUUGUUACAGAAUCCACAGUUCGCAAAAGAACUCAGACAAUUCUUGUUUCAGUUUUUGAAAAUGUACAACGCCUUGCACAAAGGAGCAGAGACUUCUGAGACCGUAACAACCACAGAGAACCUUGAUAUACAAUCUUUGAUGAAGAACCCAUCUUUCGUGAAAUUUUUAGGUGGAUUCUUUGGCAAUAGCGAAAAAGCAACUGGAACUGGCAUGGCUUCUAUUGUAAACGAAUUGAUCAAUCAAGAGAAAAAUGCUGAAAAUACAAAAACAACUGUAACCGAAGAAACCGUUGUCAAUGGGCAUUCUCGCCCAGUCGAAGUUGUGGUAAAACCUGUAACCACUGUAUCAAAUGAUCCAGACUCUCUCAUCGACCAAAUCACCUCAUCAACCUCUACUAAAACAUCAAGCUCUACUUCAUCUUCCACAUCAGAAACCAACCCUACAAUGACAGUCGUCAAUGGCGGACCAACGAACCUCCCAUCAAGAUAUCUCACCAACGAUGUAACAGUCACAACCAACAGUGAACCAUCAAUCAGCACAAGUGAAAAUGUACUUAACGAACUUAGGAAACAAGCCGUCAACGACCAAAGAGAGUCCAACAAAGUUAUGACCACUAGCACAACCACCACAAACAAGAAUCGUUAUGGAUAUGAUGAACAACCUAAUGGUGAAUACAACCGCGCAACAGUGAUCAUCAGCAGACCAGAAACUUCCGUGAUUGAUUCCAAAGAACAAUGGUCCAAAGUAAAAAUGAGUGCAGAAGAACUGAGACAACAAGCCAAGAACGCCAAAUACCAAUUUGCUACUCAAAUUGAUGACAAAAUUGAAGGAAACUUCCAACAGAGAGCUGAAAUCAGAGAAAAUGGUGUUGUAUAUGGUAAAUACUCCUACGACGAUGGUUACAACUGGAGAACCGUCUACUAUGAAGCUGAUGUCAACGGUUUCAGGAUUACCAAGGAAGAGGUCCGCCCAAGCCACAUGAAGACUCUUACCGGUGAAGCCAGCGUCCAAACAUUGGUCAAUGGUAACUUGGUUGACUACCACAUUACCGAGAAGGACAUAAACCAAGGGGUCGGUAGAAAACCAGUAGUAUAUAAUACUCCUAAUGUAAUGUAAUGAUUUUAUAUAAUUUUUGUACAUUUUAUUAUAUUCACACCAUGUUGUGGCUGUUAGUUCAAAUAAAAUUUUGAUUUUAAAUUUUAAA